UGAGAUGCAUAGAUGGGGGCAAGGUUUUAAUGAAACCAAAGGCUAGAGUUUAUUGUAUGCUCAAUGCCUAAGACCGUCCAUACGUGGCGAAGAGUCACACCCUGCUCGAGGUGUCCCUGCUUUUACAAAAUAUGGCGGAUCUAGAGAGGAAAACUCGAUAAAACCCGUAAUCCCAGGUGUUAGCCGUACCGUGCCUCGGGAUGAAUGGCACUACGUAAGUGUGUCUCUGAACGGUGGACUCCAGAUACCUGGCGCCCUCUGGUUUAAUCCAGCCUUUUCGUGGUACAUUGGGGCUAUGCCACGAAUGACAUCAACUCCCCUACACUCGUGGGAACAACAAUGUCUUCAAAUACAAAUUUAAAAAAAAAAAAAACCGGCCACUAAAGGCCGUAGCUCUCGAAUACCGGUGGCACGUGGUGAAUUCAAAGGAAACGGAUACACCAGAUUCAAGAAACUUAUUGCAUUAGGGGUUAAACAUGGCGAAGCUAAGAGAAUGGCUCAUAAUGUCAGAGAAUCUGCUCAGUUCUUUGCAAAGGUUAAGAAUGCUCAUUUAGACGAAAUCAGAGGCGUAGUAAACAUUGAAGAGAAUAAUGACAGUCAAGUCGAUGUAAAUACAAUUUUCCAGUUUGAGCGGCAACGUGAUAUAUUAAGGCGGCUUCUUGCACAAGGAGUUACUUUGCAAGAAGCCAUACCUUUAGCUAAGGAGGCAGGUGAAUGCCAAGAACCCUUCAGCCGUGUUUUAGCGAAACGAUUUGUUCGCGAACAACUUGCAAACGUUAGAUCGUCUUCAGACGAAAUAGAAGUCAAAGGGGGUUCGCGAAAACGUUUCAGGAAAUUGAUUUCUAGAGGCGUUCAUCUUGAUAAGGCUAGAACUCUUUGUCAGAGUCCGUGGGAAACUAAAAAAACUUUGCUUGCUUUGAGGGGUAUACACGUAGAACCCAAAGCUACUACCAGAAAACCACCAACAUCGAAUACCAACAAAUCGCUACCAAAUCGCCAAAUAACAAGAAGUGAAACUGGAACAAAUUUAAAUACUUCAUCGGUGUACUCAGGAAGGUCGCGCGGCGAAAUCGCAACUCAUACACAGCAAAGGAUUAAUCCCAACGAAAUACAAGAACAAGAUGCACGCUGCGACCAGUCACAAAUUAAUUCUCCUACAAUUCGGUAUAAUGACGUAGAACGAGAACAACCAUUUUUGGAAUCUAUCCCAAUACAUCGAAUAGAAGAGGAUUCAGUGGGCAUAAAAUUAGCAGUCAUUUCACCGGACUUCCCUGUAUCUAUUUGGCCAACGGAAAUGCUGAAAGGAAUACAGUACUUCAUUACCAAGGCAGCUCAAAAUGAUGGAAUUGACUUGGCUUCUCGAUAUGCUACUUGUACUUUUCGUCCCGGGUGGAUUGCAUAUAGCAUUCACGAUAGGAGAGUAGCUCAAUGGUUUAGGGAGAGAGUACCUAAUUUGCGACCAUAUGAGGCUUUUCUAGCGGUUGUCGAUCAGGAUCAAGUACCUCGUCCACAAGUUUUUGUCGGCUACAUACCUGAAGGAAGAAACAUACACAUUGAAGAUCUGUUGGCAGUGAUCGGAUUGCAAAAUCAAGGUCUACGCACACAGGAAUGGAAUGUAAUCGAUAGAGUACAGAGAGGUUCCAUAGUUGAGCUUAUAGUUGUAGUCGAUCCCUUUUCUGCAAGGACUAUCCAGCAAAAUAAUUACUCAAUCAGAUAUGGAAAUUUAAGCGCUUGCAUAAAACCUAGGCAAUCUUUGGAUAAACCAUUUUUUCCGGAAUUAGUGCAAUCUUCAACGAACACUACCAGUAUGGUUUCUUCUCGAAACGGAGAGGCCAACAGUCAGAAUAGUUCAUAUGGAAGUGAAACAUACAGAAGACACAUUCCAAAUCGAAACGAUCAACACAGAGAUAACCGGCGAAAUUCUAAAAAUUCAUACUGGCGAAGCAUGUAAAUUGAUUCAAUAGUGUACAUCGUCUCUUCGAAUCUGGACUUUACUCAAUCAUAUGGCUUGAUAACUUUCAAAUUCAAAGAUUUCAAAAAGUCUUGUGGUGCAAUAAAAUAAGUGAUGAGCUUCUGUAGCGACAUCGUGGUUCACGUUUGAUGCUCUGCUAUCGAUUGCAUUUGAGUUGGGACUAUAUAUUUUGGAUGUUGAACAUACCGCUUCUUUCCAUUAUUGAGAAGAAAAAUUUAUUAUUUCGCUUCUAACUCAAAUCCACUCUUGCACAUCAAGCGUCAUAAAUUCGUCAGGACUAACAUAAACAAACAAAGUUAACAUAUGUUAGUGGUCAUCAGUCAAUCGCUUAGACAUCAUUGUAUUCACCACAACACAGAAUGGCUAAAUGCUAAAGCUAAUAUUAUUUAUUUCCAGUCACUAAAUUCAAACAAGAUGACACUGAAUCCUCUGCAGAUCCUUAACGGCGAACCUUAAUAGUAUUCCGUAAUAGAAUCACCUUCUUAAAAUUCAUAACAAAAUUAUGCAACAAUUACAAUGUAAAAGCAAAACACGAACAUUUUAAUUAAUAAUAAAAAAACUCAUGUUUUGACAACAACAUUGUGUACAUUAUAAUGUCACGUCAAAGUAGAAAACAAAGAAGUGAUUUAUUUAUUUAAAACAAA